AGGUGGACGCGGGGCCCAGCACUAAAAGCUGUGAACUAGGACGGCUCUUCCAGAAAUUUACAGUCCCCUUCCCUUCCCUUCCCCCAUUGUCAGACCCAGCUCCACCUCCCCAAGCUCUCCUCCUCUCUCAGAUCCGCCCGCGGAGAGGACCGAUGCCGCCGCCUCCCCCGCCGCCGCCGGCGACGAACGGGGCCAAGCUGACCCCUAACCUGGCCAUGGACGCCGAGGGCACCCGCCUGCUCAACCUCACCGUGCUGCAGCGCCUCGACCCCGCCGUCGAGGACAUCCUCAUCACCGCCGCCCACGUCACCCUCUACGACUUCAACAUCGACCUCAACCAGUGGAGCCGCAAGGACGUGGAAGGGUCGCUGUUCGUCGUGAAGAGGAACACGCAGCCGAGGUUCCAGUUCAUCGUCAUGAACAGGCGGAACACGGAUAAUCUGGUGGAGGAUUUAUUAAGUGAUUUUGAAUACGAACUCCAACCUCCGUAUUUGCUGUACCGGAAUGCUGCACAAGAAGUAAAUGGUAUUUGGUUUUAUAAUCAACAUGACUGCGAUGCCGUUGCAAAUCUUUUUGGAAGGAUACUGAAUGCUUAUGCCAGAGUGCCCCCAAAAGCAAAAGUUCCUCCCACGAAAAGUGAGUUUGAGGAAUUGGAGGCUGUUCCUACAUCUGCUGCUAUAGAUGGGCCCCUUGAACCUCCACCAGCAUCCAAUCUUAUUUCUGAUACUCCUGAUGAAUCUCUUGCCAAUUACUUUGGUGGCGCUGCUAGUAUUGGAAGUGUGUCAAGUGCACCAAUGGUUGGAAGAGGGUACCCACCCUCCGAUAGCGUUGGAUCUUCCCAUGUGCCGAUGAUUAUUUCAUCUGCUGCCCCGACACAUCAAAUACCACUCCCUUUAGAGGCUUCAUCAGCUCCGCCACUACCUCUCCAGGACAAUAAUGCCCACGCCAGCCACUCAACAAAUCUUGUAACACCGGCAUUCUUUGCGCCCCCAUCGUCCUCUGCUGCAUCCCUAGCGCCUCUGGCUUCAUCAAUGCUGCCCACAGCACCGCCACUUCAUCCAACUCUGUCAUCGGCUCAACAUUCUCAGUAUGGACACGGCACCCCUCUACUCCAACCUUUUCCACCACCCGCGCCGCCUCCUUCCUUCGCCCCUGCACACAAUAACGAGGGGCCUGUUAUCUCGCGGGAUAAAGUCAAGGACGCCCUCCUUAGGCUUGUUCAGAGCGACCAGUUCAUCGAUUUAGUUUACCGGGAGUUGCAGAAUGCACAUAUGUAGUAGGCUGUUCCUUCCCUCCUAGGGUUGUUUGUAUUUGCUGUUGGCUGAGUGUUCGUGUUGUUUCUUUUCUUUGUGAGUUCUUGUAUGCUGGUCCUGGGAAGAAAAAGGAAACUUCUGUAUAGCUUUCUGUUGGAUGUGUGUUGGUGUAGAUUCCUUUAUAGCAACAACAACGGCCGGUAGUAAUUUAUGGUCUUCCUUGUUUCCAAAUCACUCUAUUGUCAGUGGGACGGUGUCAUAUUACAUUUGUGUAAUUGAAGGAAAAAAAGAGAGCAGGACUUGUAAGAACAGCA